UUUCAGGUCUCCGACAAAAACCAAUGGAUUGAACUUGGAGAGGAGUUUAACUUUCCCAAGAGUUGUUCCAACGCUGCAUUUGCUUUAAAACAGUACUACCUGCGAUACCUGGAGAAGUAUGAGAAAGUCCACCACUUCGGCGAGGAUGAUGAAGAAGCGCAGCCGGGGAACCCCAAAGCCUCUCUUCCAAUCGGUGCAAUUCCUAACUCUUAUAACUACCAGCAACACGUUGUAUCAGACUAUCUUCGCCAAAGCUAUGGACUGUCUACGGACUUCGUUGCGCCGUGCGACUACAACAAACUGGUGCUGUCUCUCCUCUCGGGCCUCCCCAACGAAGUGGACUUUGCCGUCAACGUUUGCACUCUGCUUUCCAACGAGAGCAAGCACGCCAUGCAGCUGGACAAGGACCCCAAACUGGUCACGUUGCUGCUGGCGCACGCCGGCGUCUUCGACGACUCACUAGGCAGCUUCUCCGGGGUGUUCGGGAUGGACUGGAAGGAGAAAACCUCUCGGGACUUUGUCAGGUUCUGGAAAGAGGUGGUGGAGGACGCCGAAGUCAGGGAGCUCAUCUGGGACAAGAGCAGCCCGGCACAAGAUGGUACGUCGUGUGAGAGGCGCUGGCAGAGCAUCUUCCCCCCGCGGAACCCGGGCAUCAGCGACAUGGAGGCCCAGCGGGUGCUGCAGAUCGCCGUCAUCCUGCGGAACCUCUCCUUCGAGGAGGCCAACGUCAAGCUGCUAGCGGCCAACCGAACGUGCCUGCGCUUCCUCCUGCUCUGUGCCCACUGUAACCUCAUCUCACUCCGACAGCUCGGCCUCGACACGCUGGGCAACGUGGCUGCCGAGCUCCAGCUGGAUCCUGUCGACUUUCGGACGACACAUCUGAUAUUUCACACCAUUACCAAAUGCUUGAUGUCCAGGGACCGGUUCCUGAAGAUGAGAGCCAUGGAGAUCCUGGGUAACCUCAGUAAAGUGGAGGACAAUGGCAUGCUAAUCUGCGAGUACGUGGACCAGGACUCGUACCGGGAGGUCAUGAUGCUCCUCACCCUGCCUGACCUCAUGUUACUCAUGGCCUCCUUGGAGGUGCUUUACCUGCUGGCCCAGCUGGGGGAGAUUCCCUGUGGCAAAAUAGCCUCCGUGGACCACAGCAUAGACCUCCUGGUGCGGUUAGUCUCUGUUGACCUGCACACGUUCGGACCCGACGCCCUCACGGCCGUGCGGUUGAUCGAGCAUCAGGCCAACGCCGACCAGGCGGCGGAGGUCCGGCCGCAGCUGGUGGAGCAGGUGCCUGCAGUCAUGCAGGGCACGCCGGCACCGGUAACGAGGGUCCCAGUUCAAUCUGCUCAGCCUCCUCCCGGCAUCGUGGAACUGGACGGGGAGAAAUUCACACUGCAGUGGUUAAAUGCACACUUCGAGACCCACCCCGAGGGCACGGUGUCUCGAUCAGAAAUGUACUCUGAGUACCUGGCCACGUGCAGCAAAAUGGGACGGAGCAACAUCUUGAAUUCUACUGGCUUCCUCAAAUGUCUGCGAACCGUGUUCCCCAACCACACGAUGCGGCGGCAGGACGAGCAGAAGGCCAGCAGCCAGGUCCACAUCCUCCUGGUAGGCCUGCGGCGGAGGUCCAUCCCCCUUCCCAUCCAGUUGUACUACCAGCAGCCUCAGCAGAACCCGGCAGCAGCGCCUCCGCCUCCAGCAGCUCGGCACGACGUACCUGGAGACCCUCAGGCCCCUCCUCCAGGCUUACCCCCCGGGCACCCCGGUCUUGGACCUCAGUUCGUCCGGUCUGCGGGCUCCGGCGUCUCGUCCCCCUCACUGACUGCACAGGAGCCUCCUCACGUCGGCCACCAGACUGUUCCCCGUCAUCCGGUGCCUCCGCAGGUGUCUCCGCAGUUACCCCCAAAUCCUCUGGCAGCAGCGCAGCAGCAGCAGGUCCGACCUGGUCCGACAGUCCAGAUUCCGCCGUCGGCUCCGGCCACGCAGAACCACAGCCCUCAGAACCCGGCGGCCCCGCAGCAGCAGCAGCACUCCCCCAUGCUCCCCACAGGGACGCCUGUCACGCUAUUUCAGCAGGUACCGCAGGGCCACAUCCUCACCGCCAGGGUGCAAGGCGUGUGCCCCCCCCUCACCCAGCACCCGCCCCUGCCUCAAACCCCGCCUCUGUCCGGAGCCGGCCAGGCGGAGUCCGCGCCGUCCUCCUCCACCCAGGCGCCCAACUCCCAGGCGUCGCGCGUCACCUUUCAGAACAUCGCCCCCAAGCCAGCGCCAAGCCAGCCUGGACCAGCAGCCACGAUAGCGCCGACCAACCAGCAGCCUCAGCAGGCGCAGAGCGUAGUAAUAGUCGGUCCCAACCCCCAGCAGAGCCCCGCCUACUCCCCCGCCAUACACCAGAUCGUUCUCGCCAACCCUUCCGCCAUCCCGGGCGCCCAGACUAUCCAGAUAGCGGGGCAGCCCGGGGCCGCUUCCAGCCCCUGCCCGCCUCCUUCCUCCCACCCCAGCACGCAGGUCCAGCCCAAUCAGACUGUCAGCCACGCACUGUCCAUCAAACGGCACCAACAGCAGCACCAACAGCCGCCGCCCCUGCAGAUCCUGUCCCAGCCGCCCCCCUCUCAGCCUACCUCCACCGAGUCCAGCUUGAUCAAACAGCUACUGCUUCCAAAGCGAGGGCCUUUAACGCCGGGGGGAAGCUCAUCUGCCGCCCCCCAGGUGCCCCCUCCCAACAACACGAUAGCCCAGAGUCCGCAGGUCAUCUACCAGGCGGGCUACGCCAACCAGAGCCCCUCCCCUCAGCCCCCGCAGCUAAACGUGCAGCUGGUGCCGGGCCAGCUGCCGGCGGCCGCCGCGCCGGGCCUCCAGACGGUCCAGCUCCUGCCGGGCCAGCUCAUCUCCACCGGCAGCCCGGGGGGGGCCACCAUCAUCCAGAGCCCCGUGGCGUCAGGACAGGUCACCUUCACCGUGGUCCCCAACACCGGCUUCACCACCUCCGCCGCCGCCGUCGGCCCGGGAGCCGCGUCUCCUGCAUUCUCUACUGGAACUGUACCCCACCACGCCCCCCAGCCCCGCCUCCCCCUCCCCUCCCCCGCGCCGCCGCCUCCUCCUCCUCCACCACUGCCAGCUCCCCUCAGAGGAGACAAGAUCAUCUGUCAAAAGGAGGAGGAGGCCAAGGACGCCACGGGGCUGCACAUCCACGAGAGGAAGAUCGAGGUGAUGGAGAACUCCUCCUUGGCCGGCGGGGAUUCCUCCGGCGUCAAAACGAGUAACGGCGACGUCGCGGCGGGCGACAAGCUGCUAAACGGUCGGAAGUGCAUGGAGUCUAAUCUACCUCCAUACCACUCAGGGAACAGCCAGGGAGCGCUCAACGGCCCGGCCCCGGAGAGCCGCCCUGCUAACUGGAGGCAGGCCCUCUCUCCAGGCGCCAGCGCCCCGGCGGAGGGCAGCCCCGACCCCAAAAAGACUCUGGUCAACGGGGUGUGCGACUUCGAUCGGGGCGACGGCGGCGGGAACUUUAACAAAAACAUUCCAAAUCACAUUGCUUCCAAACAGUUCUUGGGGAACGGCGAGGUGGGCCCCUCCGAGAAGAGCCACAGCCUCGACCCUCCCCUCCCUCCUCCCCCCCAGCAGGACACUGCCAAAGCCCAGCAGGCCGAGCGCCUGGCCAACGGACCCCCGGCGCAAGGCAGCAGGCCUCCCUCGGAAUUAUCCAACGGACCUUUGGGGCCGGGCCACGCCACGCCGGUGCUGAGACAGCAACUGCUCCCCAACUCCCCCUGCCCCCCUCCCGCCGCCGCCACUGUUACCUCCCAGAGUCCCGCCGCCCCUCCGGCCAACGGGGUCGCCCCCGAGGCCCGGGGCUUCAAGAGGCCGGCCGAGAGCGAGGAGCGCAGCUCGGCGGCGGCGUCCUCGGGGAUCCCCAACAAAGUGGGCGUGCGGAUCAUCACCAUCAGCGACCCCAACAACGCCGGCAGCAGCGCCACCAUGGUGGCGGUGCCGGCGGGAACAGACCCAAGCACAGUAGCCAAAGUAGCAAUAGAGAACGCCACUCAGCAGAGGAACUGCUCACCCACACAGGCAGCUGGCACAACGCCCACGGUUACCCCGUCCCCGCCCCCCGCCUCCCAGCCGGCGCCGGCGGGGAGCCACAGCCCUCACCUCCCAGCACAGCAGACCUCCACGGCGGCUCCGGAGCCGAGCAGGAAAGCAGGGCAGAACUUCAAGUGUCUGUGGCAGUCGUGCAAACGGUGGUUCGAGACGCCGUCUCAGGUGUUCUACCACGCGGCGACGCAGCACGGAGGGAAGGACGUGUACGGAGGCCAGUGUCAGUGGGAGGGCUGCGAGCCGUUCCCCCGGCAGAGACUCUCCUUCAUCACACAUCUACAGGAUAAGCACUGUUCUCGAGAGGCUUUGCUGGCUGGACUCAAGCUGGAGGAGCAGCAGGCACAAAGUCCCAAUCAGACUUCUUCCCAGACGCCGCCAGCGGCAGGCAGCACUCCGGCACCGCGAGCACCGAAAGCAAUCGUACAUCCAAGCGCAGCUCUCAUGGCCCUCCGCAGAGGCUCUCGAAACCUGGUCUUCAGGGACUUCACCGACGAGAAAGAAGGACCAGUGACCAAACACAUAAGACUAACUGCUGCCUUAACGUUAAAGAACGUCGCCAAGCACUCGGACUGCGGUCGCAUGUUGGUAAAGCGGCAUGAGACGCACCUCUCCGUGCUGGCGCUCAGUAACAUGGAGGUCUCCACCACGCUCGCCAAAUGCCUUUACGAACUGACACGCUCGCUCCAGGCCUAACGCCAAACGGACAAGCUGGAGAGACCGCGCUCUCCCCCCCCUUCCUCCCCGUCCCUCUCGUGGGCGGAGCCAGCCGCCGGUGCAGCCGCGGCGGGUCGGCAGCGGGGGCGAGGAACCAAGGACGUCUGAGCCCGCUCCCGUCCCCCCCGACCUCCUCGCCAACCUGUGUUCAAACCCCCGACGCUCCUCCUCCAUCAACACGCAGGAGAAGAUCAGAAAAAAAAAAAAAACACAAACUGCCAUGGGGUCUUCCACCAGCUGCCCACCAGGGGGAGCUCUGAGACUGCUUCCCUGAGGGACUCCACCAACGAGACCCCGAACGAGCACAUUUCCUCUGUUGUCUUGUUUUUUUGUUUUGUUUUUUUUGUAGUCUUCUUCUGUUUGUUUCCUUGGAGUCCCGUGAAGCGGCGCGUGAGUGGCGGUCGACUGAAGCAUCCGGGUGGGCGGGGCCGCCGAUGGCGUCCCACGGGAUCGGGCAGAGGACGGCUCGGCCGGCAACUGGCAGAGAGAGAGUUUUUUUUUUUUUUUUUUUUUUUUCUUUAGAAACUUGGUAGCUUGGUUUUCUUACU